GAUGGUACCGCUUUAAUCAAACGACUCACAUUCACUAAACGACUGGCAGCUGAGCUGAGUGAUACCCGUGUUGUUCUUAACGUGCUAGUGUGCUACUCAACCUCAACUCACUCACUCACUCACUCUGUUUCGGUGCCUUUCUGUCAAUAUGGCUAACCAUGAAGAAUCAAGUGCAUGGAAUUCGGGUUUACCUCAUCCUAAACUCAAUGAAAGAAUACUUUCUUCGCUGUCACGGAGAACUAUUGCUGCUCACCCUUGGCAUGACUUAGAGAUUGGGCCAGGAGCUCCGUCAGUUUUCAACUGUGUGGUUGAAAUUAGCAAAGGCAGUAAGGUUAAGUAUGAGCUGGACAAGGCAACUGGACUUAUAAAGGUUGAUCGUGUUCUAUACUCAUCAGUUGUCUACCCACACAACUACGGUUUUAUCCCAAGAACCAUUUGUGAAGACAGUGAUCCUAUGGACGUUCUCGUUCUGAUGCAGGAGCCUGUGCUACCUGGUUCCUUCCUUCGUGCUCGUGCUAUUGGACUAAUGCCCAUGAUUGACCAGGGCGAGAAGGAUGACAAGAUCAUAGCAGUUUGUGCUGAUGAUCCCGAGUUCCGUCAUUACAAGGACAUCAAGGAGAUUCCUCCACAUCGGCUAGCUGAAAUCAGAAGAUUCUUUGAGGAUUACAAGAAGAAUGAGAACAAAAAAGUUGAUGUUGAAGACUUCCUACCAGCUGAAUCUGCCAUUGAGGCAAUCAAGUAUUCCAUGGAUCUGUAUGCUGCUUACAUAGUUGAGAGCUUAAGGCAGUGACUUCAGAAACUGAAUUGCCACUUGCAGUUAACUCUAAAGUAUUAUGUAGAGGUGAAUGAAACUCCAUAAACAUUCUGAUUAAGUGUCUGUGUUGUGGCAUUUGUACUGCUCGACCUCUGGCACAACAGUCUAAACGUUCUGAUUUGAGUUUGCGGUUGUACUGCCGCUGAAUAAUGAGCUCAUUUCUAAUAUUGAAGCCCUUAUUCCUAAAAGCCUGAAACUGGAAUUUUCGGGUAUUACUGAAUCU